CUCUCCCAAUGGCUAUCAGGAUUUUUCCCUCGCAAAUCUCCCACUUAAUAAGAUCGGGCCCCACCCACCUCUUUACAUCCGAACCGUUCGAUUCAUCUGAUCACAGGUUUGACCUUUUUGAACUAUCUCUGACUCCUUCGCUGGCCAUCCAUCUUCUGGCUUCUCUGUCUCUCUCUGGUUAUAAAACAAUUCAAAAAGAUCCCAAAAAAUGGAAACCCAGCAAUAAUCAGAGAAUCGCUAUGCGUCUUCUCCCCGCCGGAGACUGAUAAACAGAAAGUAAGCGCCGGAUAGAGCCUAGAGGAGCUUCGGUUCAUGGCGAUGCCGCUUGUUCCUCGAACUCCGAGUCAAUCGACUGCGGUGGGAGGGACGUCGUCGUCGUCGUCGUUCCGCGGCAGGAUUGGCGCGACUGAUUUUCCGCGGAGGAGGAGGAGAUUGAGCUUGAGCGGGGGCGGGGAGAGGAAUUGGAACUCGCGAGUUAGAAUUUCUGCGGAGAGGAGCGGCGAAGCGGCGGAUAGAAGCGGCGGAGUUGGUGGAGGUGGAGGAGUUGGAGCAGGCGGAGGUUUCGCGGGAGGCGCGAUGGAGGUUACGACGGCAUUCGACCGGAGCUACGGCGAGGCCGAGUUCCCCGUUUGGGAUAAGAUUGGUGCCGUGGUUCGGCUGAGUUACGGAAUCGGUAUAUAUGGCGCAAUGGGUUUAGCAGGAAGGUUCAUUUGCUCGUUCACUGGGAUUGAUAGCAUGGGAGGUUUCGAUCCAACGUUGGAUGCUAUUCUUGGAGGGCUGGGAUAUUCAGCUCCUCCAAUUAUGGCUCUCCUAUUUAUACUGGAUGAUGAAGUAGUGAAGGUUUCGCCUCAUGCUCGGGCCAUUAGGGAUGUGGAGGAUGAGGAGCUUAGGAACUUCUUCUAUGGAAUGUCACCAUGGCAGUUUGUCCUAAUUGUUGCUGCAAGUUCGGUGGGCGAGGAGCUUUUCUACAGGGCUGCUGUGCAGGGAGCUUUAGCUGACAUGUUUAUAAAGAGUGCAAGUAUGGCGACAAAUGCUCAAGGAAUGGCGUCUUUGGCUGGCGUACUGCCUCCACUAGUUCCAUUUGCCCAGGCCUUCGCAGCUGCAGUCACUGCUGCUCUCACCGGUGUCCUAUAUUUUGUAGCCUCGUCCCCUAAAGAUCCAACUUAUGUGGUUGCUCCAGUUCUGCCAUCCCGCUCGGGCCGCGAGGAUCUCAAAAGACUCUUUGCAGCCUGGUAUGAGAGGAGGCAAAUGAGGAAGAUUUACUCACCCUUACUCGAAGGGCUCUUGUCUCUCUACCUCGGCUACGAGUGGAUCCAGACAAACAAUAUUCUUGCACCCAUGAUCACCCACGGGAUAUACUCGACGGUGGUUUUAGGGCAUGGGUUGUGGAAGAUACACGACCACCGUAGAAAACUACGCCAUAGAAUCCUGCAGCUUAAAUCAGAGAGAGGGGGAAUUCAAUGAUGGAAAAGAACUGAAAAUGUAUAGCAUAUGUUCCAGGGCAUUAUUAGGUAUAUAUCCCUUUGUAAAGAAAAGUAAUAUGAUGUGAUGAAGAGUGUUCCUAGAUUACAGACUUAGUUGAAAUGAUAGUUUCCAGCUAUAGUAGGAUCCAUUGUAUCAGAAAUUACGAGCAUGAAUAAAGCAAAUCAACCCUAACUUGGAUGGUUGUUUGGUGAGGGUCUAGUCUUCCAACUGGGAGAUGAUGCUGGUGAAGACUUUGUAGCCUUGGGCCAUAUCGGAUAACAGGCAGUACUCGUUCUUGGCGUGGUAUGUGGCCAUCAAACCUGCGUAUUUUCAGAGCAGAAAUGAUCAGUUGACGUGGAUAAAAGACGACGAGUGAUUACAAUGCGGUUGGACGAAAAGGGUCAAGUAUGGGGGAAGCAACGAAUGAAUCAAUGACUGAACUGGCUAGGCAGUAAAGCAGACCAAUUGCUCUCCUUAAAAGCGUAUGAAACCACUACGCCUGAACCUAGGUUAGUCAGAACUUAGAAAUCAACCAACAACAUAGGAUGAACAGUUACAACGAGUGCAUUCUUGCUAAAUUAUCUGAUGAGCAGGAUCAUUCAAAAAUCAAUUAAAAGGAACAAAAGUCG